AUGGGAUUUAUACAAUCUACACAGUAUAAUAUUAGCGGGUUAAAAGCUUAUUCUUGUAGUGUUAAUAAAGCACUAAAUUUAUUUAUGCAUAGAAUGCACAAAAGAAACUUUAGAGCCUUUUCAAGUAAAAGUUGUUUAUGCGGUAUAUGUAUGCUAAAGUACAUAAAAAGUACAAUGUAUUUAUUCAAUGUAAUUGAAGUGUUUUAG